AUGCUCAUACAGAGCUACCAGUCCUGUAUCAGGCAUGUCGAAUUCCUGGUGUCCGUAGAAAGCACUGGGAAGCUGAUCACGUUGAACCACUACUUUGCCGACAACCUCAGGAAGCGGCGACUAGACAGAAUCGAGAACAAGCUCAAGAGCCUCAAGAGUUGGGUCACCAAUGACGAUGACAAGGAACCCCUUUUGAGGCUUCGAGAUACCCUUGAUGCAUUUGUCAGCAACGAGGACCAGACUGUGCAAGACAUGCACGAUAUGUUGAGUUCCUACUACAAGGUUGCGCUCAAAAGGUUCACGGACGCCAUCUGCAUUCAAGCAGUUGACCACCAUCUCGUGAGCUCUCCAUCAAGCCCGCUUUGGGUCCUUUCUCCGGAGUACAUCAGCAUGUUGGCCGACGAAGAUCUCCGGAGCAUUGCGGGCGAGCGGCCUGAGACGCGGGAAGCCAGGAGGGUCAUUCAGGAAGAGCUUUCCACUCUCCUUGCUGGGCAGACGGUGCUUCAAAGCUAG